UCUUGGCCGACGCCUCCCUGUCUGCCCGCCCAGAACCAGAUAAGGAAGGAGGUGGAAUGGAGGAAGACUGGCAAGGAAAUGCUGGACUACAAGAAGAAGCAGGAGGGUGAGCGCACCAAGCGCAUGCUGGAGGAGCGCAACCGCGAGAAGGCGGAGGAGCGGGCGGCACGGGAGCGUGUGCGUCAGCAGAUAGCACUGGAUCGGGCGGAGAGAGCGGCUCGUUAUGCCAAGAGUACGGAGGAGGCGGCGAAGGUGUCAGCGCUGCAGGCGGCGAAGGCGGAGCAGGAGGCCCGGAGGGAGGUGCUGCAGAAGGAGAGGAGUGCUGUGGCAUGGAUACAGUUCCGCCUCCCAGACGGCUCUUCUUUCACCAACCAGUUCCCCUUGGAGACGAGGCUGCGGGAGGCCAGGGAGUUUGCUGCCCAGGAAGUAGGGAACCGGUACGGAAACUUCUCCCUGGCCACCAUGUUCCCGAGGCGGGAGUUCACACGGGAGGACUUAGACCGGACCUUGCUGGAGCUGGAGCUGGUUCCCAGUGCCUCAGUGGUGCUUCUCCCAGUGGGCCGACCUGCCAACACAGUGGUGCCCUCCUCGGCCGGGGGCUUUUGGUCGGUGCUGGGCACCAUCUUUUACCCCCUGCUAGCUGUGUGGAGAUUCAUCAGCAGCUUCCUCUUCCCUACCCCUCCGCCCCCCGGCUCCACUUCCAGCGUCCCGCCACCGCGCCCCGGACCUUCCACCGUAUCGUCUGGCGAAGCAAAAAGGGAACCCAUUCGCAAACGAGUUUUGGAAAAGCGAGCAGAUGACUUCAAAAAAGAUGGGAAGAUCUACAGACUGAGGACAAAAGAAGACAGUGAGGACGACAACAACACCUGGAAUGGCAACUCCACCCAGCAGAUGUAGCUGGCUGGCCCUCAACACUGUGCAAUAACCAGUCUCUCUCUUGCGCUCUUUCCCUCUCUCUCUCCCAUUGGUGGAAACUGCUUACUGGCCGCACGGUGCUCCAAUACACUCACGCCCCGGGCGUCACCUGCAUGGGCACUUAUUAUUGAGUCGUGCCCAGUAGCUUAAACUCCGCCUCCAUAUCUUGUCAUCGUUUUGUGUUUGUGGACUGAGCUGGUCUGGAGCGCUGACGUAUCCUGGCCUGGAGACCGUGGCUGUGGGUCUAUCAAUUGGAGUGCUUGCCUAACCA